AAUAGUUCUAACUAAAUUCACAUCUAAACCUGAAUAUUGAUUUUCAAAUUUUUUGACAAAAUAUUAGUUAUUAUGAAAAAAUAUUUAUAUGCUGCUUUACAUAAAUCCAUGCUGCGUCAAGUGGUUAAAUGUGUUAGACAGAGAUCUUCAACUUGUUAUAAUGGGUUUUGUACCAGCUGCGUUCCACCACAUCUAUCCGAAGAGUUGAUAAGAAAGCAGUUUUUUGAGAAUAAGAACAAGAUGAAAUUAUUACAAGAUUUUCAAGUGGUCAAUUCUAAAAUAAAAAUGAAACCUAAAGAAACCACUGCUAGUGUUCUCAUGCCACUAUGCAUUGUAGAUAAUCAAAUAUCACUUCUGUAUACUAUUUGUUCAUCAAACUUACCAACACAAAAAGGACAAGUAUGUUUUCCUGGUGGUAUGGUGAGCUCAGUUGAUUCGUCCUUACUUGAUGCUGCACUCAGAGAAACAGAGGAAGAAUUAGGCAUCAAUAUGCGGGAUGUUAGUGUUUGGGGAUUCUCUGCUGAUUACCCAGAACAAUUACUGAGGUACAAUGUUAGAGCAUAUCUUGGAUAUUUGGGAAUGGUAGAUUUCAACACACUGAAUAUCAAUAAAACAGAGGUUAAUGAAGUUUUUGCUUUACCAAUACAGCAUCUGAUGAACGCAAAAAAUCAACGAUAUACAAUAUACCGAUUUGGUAUAAAAAUGCCGGUACUUCUUAAUUCACAUAAGAACAUUUGGGGUUUAACAGCUGUUUUUACAGAUGCCUUACUUACUGCUGCGUUUCCUCAUCAUCAUGAUAAGAUAUUUCAGCAGUUUGAUGUGGAAGCCUUUUUAAAUGCUUCACAUUCAUUUUUCAUUCAUUAAAAAACAACAAAGGUUACUAUUUUUAUAAAAAUAUUAUGGAACGUUAAAUUAUUUUUAUAUAUAAAUGUUUUUUUUGAACACGAUUGAGAAACUAUGCUCUGUUUUGUUUCCUUGUUGAGUUAUUUUUAUUUACUUUCACAAUAU